AUGGCCGUGAUUGCUCUAAUAUUUUUUGGGCUGUUUGUAGGAUCAAUCGAAGCGGUGAAUCUGAAGGCGAAUAGGGCGACGGCGACUUCGUUUGCCAUCGACUAUGAUAAUGAUCGAUUUGUGCUGGAUGGGCAGCCGUUUCGCUAUUUAUCCGGUUCAAUUCACUACUUCCGGAUGCCGCGCGUCUACUGGGAAGAUCGGCUGCGACGGAUGCGGGCGAUGGGGCUGAACGCGAUUCAGACCUACGUACCGUGGAAUUUCCACGAGCCGCAGCACGGGCACUACCUCUUCGAUCAUCAGCGCGACCUCAUCGAGUUCAUCCGAAUUGCCGAAAGAUUGGGGCUGUAUACGUUGCUCCGCGUCGGCCCCUACAUUUGCGCAGAAUGGGAAAACGGCGGGUUGCCGUAUUGGCUGUUGAAGGAGAAGGGGAUCAAGAUGCGGACAAGUGACCCGAAAUACACGAAAUAUGUCGAAAAAUGGUUCGGCGUGCUGCUUCCGAAAGUUCGCCCAUUAAUGCGCGCAAACGGCGGACCCGUUUUAAUGGUUCAAGUGGAGAAUGAGUACGGUAGUUUCUCGGGAUGUGAUGCAGAAUAUACGGGAUGGCUGAGGGAUCUUUUCCGCAAGCAACUCGGCAACGACACCGUCCUCUAUACGACGGACGGCGGUUCGGAGGGUUUCCUAAAAUGUGGCCCGAUUCCCGGCGUGUAUACUACGGUGGAUUUUGGGCCCCAGUCGAAUGAGGGAAUCGAUGCGGCUUUUCGCGCCCAGCGCAACCACACGCCGAAUCAUAGGGGCCCCCUGGUAAAUUCGGAGUUCUACGUGGGCUGGUUUGACAGCUGGAACGACACGACGAAGGAGGUGCCCUCAAAUGAGCUCAUUGUCAGCAGCGCCAGCCACAUGUACUCGGUGGGGGCCAAUAUCAAUUUCUAUUUGGCGCACGGAGGGACGAACUUCGGCUUUUGGAACGGCGCGGAAUAUGGCGGACCGGUGACAACCUCGUACAAUUUUUCGGCGCCAAUUGGAGAGGAUGGGGAUAUUACCCCGAAAUAUCUGGCGCUUCGCUCGUGGAUCAAAUCGCUCGAAGAUUGGCGGCAGAAGCCGCAGGAUGUGCCUAAAAAUAAUAAAAAAUUCGCCGUCGGCAAGAUAAAAGUGGAGCACGUGGGCAGUAUAUUGGAUCUCGUCGAAAAAGGAUGCCAAAAUACCGACAAACCGUUGACUUUCGAGGAAAUGGACCAUUCGAUGGGAUUGCUGGGCUAUGCUACGAAACUGACGCGUUGCGGGAAAAAUUUGACGCUGGAGAGCUACAAGGACUGGGCGCACGUUUUUAUGGAUGGAAAACAUCAGGAUACUCUCUACCGCCAUUUCCCAUCGAAUCAUACCGUAACCCUCGAGAAAUGCCACGACCACUCGGAAGUGAAUAUUUUGAUGGAAAAUGAGGGAAGACUCACCUAUGAGACCGAGAAUGAUUAUAAGGGAAUCCUUGGCCCGGUACUGCUCGACGGUACUGAAGUACGAAACUGGACAACGUGCAGUAUUCGAAUUGGGAAAGGGCAGAAAUGGGUCGAUCGAACGCUUAAAAGAAUGAAGAAAUUGAGGGCUAAAGGCCAAAAUAACAAAAUCCUGGAAGGCGUUUACACGGGUGUGUUCUCGGUGAACGACCUCGACGUCGGCGAUACAUUUAUCGAUUUUUCGGGCUGGGGCAAGGGGUUUAUUCUGAUUAAUGGCCAUCAUUUGGGAAGAUAUUGGAAUGUCGGUCCGCAGCGUACCCUCUACGUGCCAUCCCCCUUUCUGCGCAAGGGCGCAAAUCGUAUCUUCAUCGUCGAGCUGCUCUCCGAUUAUUACGAUUGCAACGCGCCGCACAAAUGCCAGAUCUCAUCUGUGGACCACCCAAUAUGGGAAUACAAGAAUGUCGUCGAGCUGAAGGAUAAGUUUACCCCGAAAAAGCCUACCCGUCAU